AUGGCGAAGGUGAAGGAGAACCACACCGAGGAGCUGGAGUGGAGCAAGCGGCCGAAUACCAGGGUUCACGACUCCGUCAUCAACUCCUUGGCCAAGUCAGCCCGCGAGCUGGCCAGGUUCACUGGCGACAAGGGCUGCUCGUCAUUGUCAGAGCAGGCUGGCAUGACAAUCUCAUUGCUGGGUCAGCGGCGCUCACUGUUCGAGGAGAUCAAGAACUCGACCGCCGCGAUCGCCCAGAGGACGACGACGAGCGCGGAGCACCAGGUCAUGCUCGGCUGCGCGGUGCGGCUGCGGGCGCAGAUCGUCCAGCAGGCGUCUUUUUCGCUUGCGGGUACCCACCCGCCGCUGAUGCUGCAGCUGGCCGUCUGCCCUCGAAUCGAGAUGCCCGAUCAGGACUCAAACCCGCACACGUGGCCUCGCAUCGACAUGUUGUGCCUUGGGCUGUUGCUGGAGAACGUUCCUUCAGGGGAGGAGCUCGCCGCGGCUGCAUCGCUGGCAGUGCGAACUCAGACGGCCAUCGUGAGCGACAUGAUCGAGCGGAUUGUCCUCGAGAGCCCGUUGGAGCAGAAGUCCUUGGAGAUGAUUGCCGAGAUCAAGGCCGCCCUGGGCGAGGACUUCACCCGUUUCGACUUUGAUGUGUCAGGAACUGGCGAUGCUGAGCCCGAGCCCCACGCCAAGUGCGGCCUCUUCGAGCAAUCCUACGUGGACAUCUCCGUGCUCAUCGCUAUCGGCGACGCCAUCGUCUGCACGAGCGCAGGGGCUACUGUCGCUGGCGAGCUGCGCAAGCAAGCCAAGAAGAUGCUGUCUGUCGUGUCAUCAAUUUCGACUCGCGUCCGCAACCUUGCCUUAGCUACAGUGAAGGGGGCCAUCAACAACAACAUUUUCAAACGUGGAUGGGCGCAGCUAUCCGAGAUGUUCCCGAAUGAUACAGGCUUGAACUCGUCGCAGGACGCCGUGGACGCAGCCGCCAAGUUCAAGGCAGUCAUGGUUCAGAAGGUUGAAGAGGCGGCGGCGGCCGUAGGGGACUCGGCGGACAUCGCGUACAACGUUGUGGUGGAUGUGUGUGACGAUGACGAAGUGGCCAUCACUGAGAAAUUCUGUUCCUUGUGCAUCGUCAAUGCCGACCCCAGCGACUUCGAUGAGCUAGCGUACUCCGACUACCAGUCGAUGGCAACAAAGGUCGUCAAGUUUUUGUGCACCACCUUGAUGGGCCAGUUCACCGUAGAGGAUCUCCAGGGUAAGCUGUCAUCUGCGGUGCACGCCGAGGCUUCGGAGGGCAUGUUGCAUGAUGUCUAUUGGGUCGGGCACAUCUUCGAACAGCUGCUCAACUUUGCACCGAAGUGGACCCGCCUCCACGUUGCCAAGGAGAAGGUCCUUAUGGCGAACGCUGCAAUGGAGCUGGUGGACACCUGCAAGAUCGACGCUUCUUGUGCGACGGGGCUCCGCGAGUGGACCGCGCUCUACGGGCUGGACCAGCAGUUGCUGGUGACGUUGCAGGGCGCCGCCGACGGCGCGCCCAACGAGCUCUUCGAGGCAGAGUUCGUGGAUUUCCUUCGGUGCUUGACGGGCGCCUGGUCUACCGUGCAGGUUGCAACCCCUCUUGCAUCGUUCGUUCAGUGCGUGGUGCACUCAGCCCACCUCUCAGACACCUUCCCCUCCGUCGCAAAGGAGUUCGGCGCAAAGCUGCCCGAUGACGUCAAGCUGACCCUGACCUCGGCUCGCUCCACGAAGGCUUUGGAGGGGGCUUUCAACUCAAGCAGGGAUGGGAGGCCGUGCGGCCUCAUCGAGCUGACGGGCAUCCUCGCCGACUGCACCGCAUGCACCAAUGCGGUCCGUGACAUCGGGACCUUCGCGAAGCAGGAUAAAGACAUGGUGAGGCUUUGGAAGGUCUUGCUGCGCGACGUCGUCACGCCCGACAUGGCCGCCGAGGUGAAGGACAAGGCUGAUGUGCAGUGGGGUGCGAAGAUCAAGCGCCUGGAGAAAUACAUCAACGCAUCGCCGACCAAUGAGCGCAUCAUUGAGUUCCUGGGCGCUAACAUGCCAGCGCUUCACUGGGCUUCAGAUGCUGAGAAGGAUGAGAUCCGCUCCUUGACCAAGGGCGCAGCGCAUCGCGCGGCUGAGUGUGUGCAGGUAGGCGUGGCCGUGUCUUGCCUCGCGCUGGCCACCUGCAUAUGCGCCGCGCCUGAGAGCUCUCGCCAGCGCGCCCUUGACAUGUCAGCGCAAAUGAUUUCCAAACGCUUCGCUGUCAAGCUCGAGGCCCCCCCGAAGAGCCUGCAGACCAAAGUCUCAGACGCGCUCGGUGGUCAGGUCUCGGCGGGGCCCUCCAAAG